AUGGCCUCAAUCAUUACUUCCAUCAAGGACAUUGUCACCUCAAUGCUCGAGUUGACAGUUUCCGUGUGCCACACCACGUUCGAUGCGAUAUUUGGACUGCUCAGAGCUAUUGCCAGCUCAUUUAUUGGCACUCUCAGGGUGGCGCUGCGUGCUGUGGGAAAUACAUUUGAAGCUGCAGGUGGCUUAUGGAAGUUUCUUGCCAGUAAUAUCAUCGUUUUGGCGGUUAUCGCCGGCGGUACAUAUGGAUAUUUGCAGUACCAAAGUCGGCAGAGACGCCCUGUUAAGUUUGGAAAUAGCAAAUUGAGCUAA